AUGCCCAUCGAUAACCCAACCUACGACAUUGUGAUCGUCGGCGCCGGCUUUUCAGGCAUCAACCUCCUCUACAGCCUCCGCAAACUAGGGUAUCGCUGUCGGAUCUACGAGUCGGGCACCGACCUCGGCGGGGUGUGGCACUGGCACACCUACCCAGGCUGUCGGGUUGAUACACCGGGCUUCAUCUACCAGCUAUCCAUCCCGGAGGUCUCGGAGACAUGGUCCUUCAAGGAGAAAUAUCCCUCUGCGGACGAGCUAAGGGCGUACUUUGCCCAUGUCGAUCAGGUGCUUGGGAUCAAGCAGGACGUGGACUUCGAGAUGACUGUGACUGGGGCCUGGUACGAUGUCAAUGCGCAAGGGAAGAGAAAGUGGAGGAUUGAAACUGGCGAGGGACGUGUUACGCACUCGCAGUUUUUUAUCUCAUGUGUUGGAUUUGCGGCAGAACCGUAUGUUCCCGAGUUUCCUGGGCUAGAGACGUUCAAAGGGGAGGUGUGCCAUUCAGCGUCUUGGCCGAAGGAUGGGAUCGACGUGAAGGGGAAGAAGCUUGCGGUGAUUGGGACAGGGGCAUCCGGCGUGCAAAUUGUGCAGUCUUGGGCCAAACAAGGGGGAUCGUUGGUGGUAUUUCAGCGGACACCGAACCUGGCGCUCCCUAUGCGGCAGCACACUUUCUCCACCGCGGGGCUAAACGUGCUCAAGGAGGACGCACCACUCAUCUUGGCUCAGCGAGAAAAGACAUUCAGCGGGUAUCUGGAUCAGCCGAGUCCGCACGCAACCUUUGAGGUCACGGUGGAGGAACGCGAAGCGCUUUUUGAGGAGCUUUACAACCGAGGUGGCUUUGCCUUCCUGCUAAGCGGGUAUAAUGACCUGCUGGUUGACGACAAGGCGAACCGAGAGGCUUAUGACUUUUGGGCGAAGAAGACGCGAGCGAGGAUAGCCGACCCGUCGAAGAGAGAUCUCCUGGCCCCUCUGGAGCCGCCACACCCGAUCGGGGCUAAAAGGUCGUGCUUCGAGCAAGAUUAUUUCGAGAUGUUCAACAGCCCAAAUGUGGAAUUGGUGAACGUGCGCGAGGCUGGUCACGGCAUUGCAGUCAUCAAGCCCACCGGGAUCAAGACACAGGACGGCGGAUUUUAUCCUGUAGACGCAAUUGCCCUUGCGACGGGCUUCAACAGUUUCACUGGUAGCCUUACCCGCAUAUCUAGGCUCCGCAACACUUCCGGUAUUACGCUCGCAGAUGAGUGGAGCAGAGGGGGUGUCAGUGCAUAUCUGGGUAUGACUCGCAAGGGCUACCCCAAUAUGUUCUUGUGUUAUGCUGUGCAGGGCCCGACAGCACUAAGCAACGGUCCGGCUUCAAUUGAGAUGCAGUCCCGCUGGAUUGUUGACGCGAUUCAGAAGAUUAAUGCAGCUGGAUUGACCUCUGUGGAACCGACAGAAGAGGCGGAAAAGAACUGGAAAGCUACGGUCGAUGUCAUCGCUGGCAUGACACUGUUCCCCAAGGCGGAUUCAUGGUGGAACGGGGCAAACAUCCCGGGCCAAAAGAGGGAGAUGCUGGCUUUCCCGGGAGGACUGCCAUUAUACGAGGAGCUCUCCCGCAAGGCUCUGCAGAGUUGGGAGGGGUUCAUUACUCGAUAGAGGUCCCUGCUAUCUGGUUGGUCCCAGACUGCCCGGAAAAAGAGUUGUGCUCAC